AUGUGGAGUUUUGUAUUGUGUCUGUUAAUUUGUUUCGAAUAUUCGUAUCAGUGGCGUGAAUAUAAAGCUUUCGAGUGUUAUCACAUUUCGGAGCCAGUGGAAAAUAUUCUCAAUGGACAAUUCAAUCUAGAACGACAAAAAUGCUAUGGCACUGAAGGUUCUUCGCUAUUCAAUGCUUGCAAGACAGAUAUAAUUGAUGGAAUUGUCUACAGUGGAUGUAUGAACACUACACACUGGCGAACAAAUUUUCUUUGCUCUCCUACGUCCAACAAACGAGAAUUUAUUAACAAUUUGGACACAAAUGGAAUUUUUAUAUUCGAUGAAAUAAAAUCGUGUUGUUGUCGAGACACUCUAUGCAAUAAUGCGAACUACUUGAAAGUCAUGAAAAACAAGUACUCUUCGACAAAAUCAAUUUUUUUGAUCAAUUAGUUACUGAUGGUCUGAUUGUGUUCAGCUUUUUUGCAGUUGUAUUGUUUGUCCUUAUGAUAGAGAUAAUUUGCAGAGAGCCAAUUAUUGGAAGAAUAGACACGCGGCAGUAUAUAAUGGAAGCAAAGAAAACUAUAAGAGACGUUCCUGAAAAUGAAGAAAUGAAAUAAUGUCACUCGUAAACCUACACCGCUCUUUCUCUUCCAUGCGAGACCUGUCAAGCGUCCGAUUCCUACGCGCCUUUAAGAGUGAUGUCCGAAAACAUUCGCUCUCCGUUUUUUCAUCGAUUCUUCUUGGUUUCACACGUUUUAUUGCAAUGCAAAAUGUUUUAUAUUAUAUUUGUUUUUGAAUAAAUCAUUCUAGAACUAC